AUGCCUCUCAAAGCAUUGAACGUUGUGAACAGCUCAUUCGGGUACGUUUACGAGGAUGUCUUCCUUGGAGGUGGAUCUGUUCUACAAGAGAUGUUGCUUGAUGAAUCAAAAGGGCGAGUUACACUUGCUACAAGCUCAGACCAAAACUCGACUCAGAAUCGGGUUGUUACAAUCGAUAUAGUCAACUGUGGACAGUACAAGACCUGCGAGGAGUGCAUUGGUGAGGAUGGUGGAAAUGAUGGAGAUCCUUACUGUGGAUGGUGUACUUUAGAGGCAAGUUGUACCCGAUACGAGGAAUGUCCUUCUCCCGAUGAAUCUACCCGGUGGCUGUCUUACAAUGCCAUCCAGUGUGUAUCCAUCUCAGAUGUCCAGCCUGAUCAUAUACUAUCUUAUCAAAAUACAGAACAAGAGAUCACCAUUACUGUACAGCAGCUUCCAACCCUCAAAGACAACGAACAAUACCAGUGUGCCUUCGACCCUUACCUGGUCAAUGCUGUUACAACGUCCGACACAGUAGUCUGUACAAUUCCUCCUGUGGACGAAUUGCCUACAAUUCCUGAAGAAGAUGACCAUAAGAAUUUGACUCUUUCCAUUUUCUCAACGGAGACCACAGUUUACUUCAUAAGCACGGAUUUUAUCUUGUUUGACUGCACCCAUCAUAAAUCUUGUUCGUCUUGUGUCACAAGUGCAUGGCCAUGUGACUGGUGUGUUUAUGACAACGUGUGUACGCAUGACAGCAGCUCAUGUCAGGACGGUGAAACAGUGGUGAUUGGAGAAAAUAAUUCCAUAGGUUCUGGAGACAAAGGACAGGUUUACUGUCCUCAGCUGGUUGGUACAUCAGAAACCUUCUUCAUACCAGUGAAUAUUCCUUCAAAUUUCUCACUUGUGGCGAGAAAUAUUCCUACAGAUCAAACAAAGAUCCAGUCAUUCGAUUGCAUUCUUCUUAUUGAUGGAGAUGAGACACGAGUAGAAACUGCAUUCGUCAAUGAAAGUUAUGUUCUGUGUGGGGCUAAAGAGUACAUGUAUGCUGACGACAUCCUUCAAAACAAUGUGAGCGUCUCCGUUCAAUGGAAUGACCAACACUAUAUAGAUGACCCUACUGAUGCAUAUGUGACUCUUUACAAGUGUUCAGCCAACGAUGGAAGCUGCAGCCGGUGUUUAUCACCGGAAGCAACACCUUCGUUCCUAAACUGCGGUUGGUGUGGGAAUGACUGUAAUGUCAUUGAGAGUGAUGUUUGUCAGAACAAUCGAUUUGUCAAUCAGAAUGAGACCAAUCUUUGUUCAGCACCAGUAAUAACUGAAUUUUAUCCCAUAUCAGGUCCAAUUAAUGGCAAUACAAGAUUGGAAAUCAUCGGAACCGACCUAGGAGUGGCGUUUAAUGAUGUACUAAAUGUUACUAUAGGAGACUUGGUGUGUAACCUCGCUGACAUGGAUCCCUACUAUCAACCAGGGCAGAGUGUAAGUUGCCUAACUGGGUUAUCUCCCGCGGUUACAUCAGGACAAAUCGCGAUUACGAUAUGGUCUGGUCCAGAGACUCCGACUAGGACUGGAAACAGUACUGAUCGGUUCCACUACAGGGAUCCCAUGAUCUCGGGGUUUAGCCCUACUGAGGGGCAGGCAGCGGGAGGGACCCGGGUCACCAUUGCAGGAAUGUACCUAAAGACAGGAAGAAUCAUCGAAGCGAGAUUCGGAGCGGCACAAUGCAACAAAUUGAAAUUCGAAAAUUCGACGAUGACUUGUAUAACAAGCGGCAUAACCAAUAAUGAAGAAAUCUCUGCCAAAUUGAUCAUGUCAUUUGAUGAAGUGGAUCGAAUGUUUGAGGAUUACAGCUUUACCUACAAAGUAAACCCGGUAAUAAGAAAUAUAGGCACGUCCAAAUCCAUUCUGUCAGGAGGCAUUGAUAUCGAAGUAACGGGAGAAAGAUUUGAUCUGAUCCAGGAGCCUAGGGUUUUCGUUACUUCACUCACGACGAAUGCCACCAGAUCCGAGGAGUGCAAUGGAACGGAUACUCUUCUUGUUUGUCCUACACCAAGUUCCCCUGAUGAUGUCAUACCUAACAGAAGAAGACGAACAGUAAAUGACACAAUAGAGGCAAAUCUGGCCUUUGACUUUGAUGGAUACAUCAUCGAUGGCGGCCUCAUUGAAUACUACCCAGACCCUUACUAUUACAGCUUUGGUGGAUCAGACAGAAUCUAUGAAAGCGGCAACAGUCGACUUGAGAUCGAAGGAAUGUACCUUAACUUAGCCAGCACGGAAGAUGAUGUUACAGUUUUGAUAGGUCCUGAUGGUGUCUGUGAUGUGGAUGAUCUUGAGAUGGAUGUGUUACGAUGUCAGCUACCGAAGAAGAAGCCUCAACCUGGUAACAUCAAUGGAACAGUUGAACCCGGACCUACUCAUGGGUUACCAGCUGUCACGGUAUUCCAUGGAAAUCUGGUAUUCUAUCCUGGCUACGUAGAUUACUCGACGACAACCAUUAACGUUGGUCUCAUUGUCGGUAUUGUACUUGGUGUUGCUGUGUUCGUCCUUAUUGUCCUUGUCGUGGUAGGCGUCAUUCUCUACAGACGAAGUCACCAGAAUAUAAGCAAACAAGUCCGUGAGAUUGAGAUGUUAGAGAAGAAGAUCCAAGGUCGAGUGCAAACAGCUUUUCAUGAACUACAGACCGACAUGUCUGAAGUGGAGGAGCAAAUCGGCCAUCUUGGUGUACCAUUUGCGAAUGCACUGGAUUACUUAAAGAAUAUGCUCUUUGCAGGCUUGGCUAUUCUUCCACCAACCACAGACCCUGAGUAUUUGAACUCGGAUCUUGAGACAGCGAUGAUCAUGUUUUCAAGGCACCUUAGUAAUCCAGACUUCUUGACCAACUACAUCAAACAUCUUGAGGAACAAAGGAAAACGCAGCGAAGAGAUAGGGUCAACAUUGCCUCUCUUAUAACCACCGUACUGAUUACAGAAGGAAAGUUUGGAUAUUUCACAGAAACUCUCUUCAAGUUGUUGGAAGAAUGCAUCGAGGAGGGUGCAGAGAGCGGAAGAGCUAAAUCGCUCUUUAGGAGGAAUGAGACGAUCGUUGAAAAACUCCUCUCCAACUGGAUAGCAAUCUGCAUGUAUCGAUACCUCAAGCGUCAUGCGGCCGAACCUCUGUACUUGCUUUACCAGUCCAUCAAGAUACAGGUUGAGAAAGGACCUAUUGAUAUCACUACAGGACAGUCUGUCUUCUCAUUGAACUUUGAAUGCCUCUUGGAAGAAGAAGUGGAAUUCAACGAACUGACCCUAUCGGUUGUUGGCAGAGACAAAAGACACUUGUACUACGUCAAAGUUCUUGAUGUUGAUUGCAUGACUCAAGUAAAACAGAAGAUACUGGACGCUGCGUACAGAAACAGCCACAUCGUACAGCAAAACAGGGCUCACGAGAUGGAUCUCCUGUGGUAUCAUCCUGGUGGGGAAGAAAGGGUCUUGAAAGAUCAAGAUGAAUUCAACAAACUUGUAGAGAACUCCAAAGGCGCAUGUUACAUCAAUACCAUCAAGACAUAUGCGGUUCCAGACAGUAGCAGAGUGGCCCUUAUUACCAAGUCAUCCACCAAUGACGCACGGGUAUACGAGCCUGUGACCCCAGGGGUGCAACUCUUCCAACAAUAUGUUGAGGAAACAGGAACCGAUGAUAUUCCCAGCAGAGACUACGUGCGAGUCCGUACGAUGGAUGCCAGCGGACAACGUCUCAUCCACUUAGUUCCUGAGAACCAAGUCCCUACGGACAGCAGCAGUAAAUCCAAGACUAAACUUGAUCGUGAAUUCUUGGCACCUCGUUUGCUUGUCACCAAGAAAACAAUCCAACCGCGCCUUGACGGGUUCCUGACUUGCGUCUUCAAGAAGCCGGCUGAAACACCGCGCACCAUCAAGCAUCUCUUUGACUUCUUUGAUAAGAUGGCGGACAAGUACUGCGACGAGAAGCCAGAGGAGAUUGCAGAAGCUUGGAAGAGCAGCAGUCUACCACUGCACUACUGGAUGACCACUUUGACCCACCCAUCUUACGUCUUCGACAUGCGUCAGUCAAGGUCUGCUGAUCAGAGUGUAUCGGUCCUGGCUAACAUGCUGGACAAUGCAUGCAAGAAGAUCCGAUCUGAAAAUACCAAGGAUUCUGCACUCAAUCGAGUACUGUUUUACAAGGAUCUACCUGGAUACAUCGCUACCAUUGGCGAUUACUAUGAGAGCAUUAAAGGACUGACGCCACCAACGGCAGAAGAACUCCAAGAGGAAUUCCAAACCAUCGCAAAUGAUUUUUCUGGUCUGUUCAGUCGAGUAGCAACCCUUAAAAAGUUGUACGACUUUACCGCUAAUGAUGCAGGCUUUCUAUUGGAUUCGGUCACAGAAAAGAUGCCAAACGAGGGAUAGCUGUUAGCAUGUCUCAUCUCGAUCUGCAGAUAUUACUAGUAAAGAUGUUCACGAUAGCAUUUGGAGUCAAUAUUGAUUUUAUGAUUUUGUAAUAUUACAAUCAUACUCAGAAAUGUCUUUCAUAACCUACCGUAUUUCACAUAAUAUAAUCAAGCGUUGCAUUUAGGCUCCCUAUUACAUAUGUGAAAAUACCUAAUUAAUACAUGUUUGUACCAGCUAUAUACAUAGGUGGUUUGAAUAAAAAAAAAAUAACCGGCUGUUUUCGACUCGCCAUACGGCUGCCGUAGAGCAAAUGUGACUGGGGUGUUAAUCUUGAAACGCUGUGUUUAAUGAUAACAUGUCUUAUUGUAUACAUAUAUAUAGUUUGUUUAAGCGGCGCCAUUAUAUUCAAAUUUAUUUCAAAUAUUAUCAGCGUUGUAUGCCCCCCCCACGUUUUCGUCUAUCAUGUCAAUACUGCUAGAAUAAGUGUAUUACUUUUGGUUUUCAAUUGAACGAACUUGAUUUCUCCAAAAUGUAAUGAAAUUUAUGUUUAGGAUAUUGAUUAUCAUUAUUGUGUGUUCUGUGGUGUAAAAUUAAUUCCCUACUUGGUCUACUCACCGACGCAGGUGCCUCAUGCUUCAAUUUUAUCCGCAAUGUGUCCACAAAAGUCAAAACUCCACUGAAGUUCGGAGCGAAAUUAUCCAGUAGAUAUUUAACUAAAGUUACUAAACAAAGGAGGAAGCGAUCAACUUAAAGUUAGUUCUUCACGCUCUUGUUAACUGGCGGAUGAUCUAUGAAUCGCAGCGAAAGUGAAGUCCAAAGUUAUUGCACAAAUCCCAUGAAAAUGAAACUUGUCGAUGUUAUCUUGUCCGUGAUAAAUAACGAACGAAUAUUUUACCAUGGUACACAAUGAACGAAUGAAAUAAUCCACAUUAUGUGUCCACAGAUGCUAUUUCAGAAUAUGUAACAUCCAAGAUAGAAGUAACGUUAGAACUCCAAAUAUGAAAAUCCAGUAUAUAGUGUGUAAACCACGAGGUUAGUUAUUUACAUGUAUAUCCUACGUCAUGCAAUCAACAAGUUUACUCCUCGAGAUCACGAGAAGAAGUAGGGCAAAUCAAGCCAGACCUUGACUUAAAAUGAUUGGUUGAACCAAAGUUUGUUGACCAUUUACAAAAGCUGUCAAUCGUCGGUAGUUCCCACCCCCCCCCCCAAAAAAAAAAAAUGAUUUACGGGGUGUUGUAGAAUCGAUGCGGCGUGCAAGCUUUGGAAUGCGCAAACGUGUAAAAAAUACAAAAAUUACCGCAAACCGGAAAAUAUGUGUACGCUUAAAGAAAUAUGCGAGAACAUGCGCUUUACACAGGUGAAUAGAUUUGCAAAAAUAGUUUUGUGUGAUGUCAAGUUGCUACACAUUUAUGUAAGACCACAUUAUUCACUAAAAUGAUAUUGACGCUAUAUCCAGACUUGUUUCAUCUGCAGCAUUUGGUUAUUAGUAGAGUAUUGUAUUCGUAAAGUAAGACUAAGUGUAUAAUCAUGUUUGCAAUUGUUUUGCUAAAGAUAUUCGUAGCUUCACGUCUAAAUUUCAUUCUCUCUCUCUCUUUCUCUCACUCUCCAUUCGUAGUAUGAUUAAACUUUAUAGUGUGUUGAUAUAAAAACAAAUCCGAAGCGUAUAGGGAUUGUAAAUUACUUGAUAUUUUGUGAAUUGUGGUAUUAUCAGAGAGUAUUAUAAUUUUGUACUACUAUAUAUAUAUAUAGGCCCUAUUUCAAAGAGCUUUUAUAUUGUUUAUUUUGCAUACGUAAUGUUCUACGUCUUAAUAACCAAGGAAUAUGUUAUUAUUUGAUAUUGUCGCGAUUCAAUUGAAAUUGCAACUGGUUCCUUUAAAUUUCGGUUGAAUUAGAUGACAUGUACUGCAUUCAUGCGUUUAUUUACCUUUCAAUAACCUGGAGGAACUCAGUAUUUUCAUGCCAAGAAACUGACCUGAUGCAAAGUUGAUGAUCUGGACAAUAACACAGGCACCCUGCGAAUUCUGCUCCACAUAAGCCAUCUUUAUUACAAGUUAAUUUUAAUUUUAAUUUUAAUGGUAUAAUGGUUUUGCCCCACUAUAAUCAAUCUUACUAUCUACAAGUUGCUCAUCAUAUUCUUUCCUUCCAAAAUCUCGCAUGAUAGUAUAGCAAGUAAACAUGGUAAAGGUGUAUAUUUUUAUUGCGCCCCUUUUCAGACCUAUAUAGAGGCACGUGUUUCCCAUUUUUACACACACUGUUAGCAGAGUCUCGAGAACACCUGUAAUCUUACCAGAUUGCGUAAUCUUACAGGAAAUUGGUAUUUGGUGUAUGGAAUCUUACAAAACUCAUUGAAUAAAACAGCCUUUUGCCCCUUUUAAACAGACCUGUUCCGUUAAAUUGCAGAAAAGGUAAUGUUUUAUGAAUUUACAGAAUGAUUAUGUUAUUGCUUUCUGCAAAAUCUUUUUCUUCCCCUCUAAGAUCACGGUUUGUUUUAACAGUGCAGGUUGUACACAAAGUACCCUGUAUUAUGUAGUGCCCCAAUACCGGACGUCAGGAUUGAUUUUUUUUUUUUUUUUUUUUACAACCUAAACCUAUUCGCAACUGCAAAAACAAAAAAACAUGAAUACAAUUUUUUACUAUCUGUUCAAAGCAAAUGAACUACCUGUUGAUAUUUCCGAAUGUGAUUUCUUCUCCGAGCUUCCCUCGAAUGCGCGUGCGAGUAUGUUUUUUUGUAUUAUUUUACUAACUUCGAGAUAAUAAUUUUUGUGAAAAUAAUUGUAAAGAAUACAUUGUUAUCUGUAUAGAUUUGUCUCUUUUUUUUAACUUUCAUCUAUGUCUGGCUUGUGUUUGUUGCGUAUAUCAAUAUGAUAAGGAUGUAUGGAUCGCUUUAUACUCAGAAAUGCUAUUAUAUGUGUAUUCAGAGAUACUACUUAUGUCUUUAAUAAGAAGACGCUUUCUUAUUGAUCAUGACAAGUAUUCAAAUACAUGAUAUUAGUUUUAAUUGUUUA